GUUCUCCCACUCCUGCUUGGUCUCCCCGUGAUUAUGCCUGAUUGCCUGUCCAUUGGUUGUGUUGGUUACAAUCAGAUGAUGAGAUAUAUCUGUGAAUCUGCGCUCUUUGCAUUCGGUGUUAGAUAGAAUAGCCGUGGCUGACUGUGCAUUAUUACAGUUUUCCUGUCUCUGCCCGACAUUGGUGUGAAGCCAGUCAGGCAUCGCUCUGGUCGCCUGGUGUCAUGUCCUUCGCACCGUUCGUCGCGCCGUGUGACGUACGUGGUGUGCGCGGUCCGAGCUGUGCCGGGAGCUGGGUGCACGAGCUGCAGCCAUGUCCUACUGCAGGCAGGAAGGUGAGAGCAGGAACUGGGACAGAUAGAGAGCUGGGGGGCAGGACGGAGAGGCCAUGAUACUGGGGAUAGGACAGGACAGGGUCAGACCCAUGGGACAGGAGACUAUGGUGUCCUGGCAAGGGCAAAGGCUGGAACCAGGAAAACCGUGAUACCUGGGGCUAUAGGAGGGACAGGAACAGAGCUCUGCCAGGCGAAGGUGGUGUGAGGCCCAGGGCUCUGGCAGUGGGAAGGUGAGACCCAGGGCUCUGGCAGUGGGAAGGUGAGACCCAGGGCUCUGGCAGUGGGAAGGUGAGACUCAGGGCUCUGGCAGUGGGAAGGUGGGACCCAGGGCUCUGGCAGUGGGAAGGUGAGACUCAGGGCUCUGGCGGUGGGAAGGUGGGACCCAGGGCUCUGGCGGUGGGAAGGUGGGACCCAGGGCUCUGACAGUGGAAGGCGGGGACCCAGGGCUCCGAUGGCGGGAAGGUGGGACCCAGGGCUCCCUGGACAGGUGGGGAAGGCACCCGUGGGCCUGGCAGUGGGAAGGUGGGGACCCAGGGCUCCUGCAGUGGAAGGUGAGACCCAGGGCUCCAGCAGUGGGAAGGGUGAGACCCAGGGCUCUGGCGGUGGAAGGGCGGAGAGACCAGGGCUCUGGCAGUGGGAAGGUGAGACCCAGGGCUCUGGCAGUGGGAAGGUGAGACCCAGGGCUCUGGCGGUGGGAAGGUGAGACUCAGGGCUCUGGCGGUGGGAAGGUGAGACUCAGGGCUCUGGCGGUGGGAAGGUGAGACUCAGGGCUCUGGCGGUGGGAAGGUGGGACCCAGGGCUCUGGCGGUGGGAAGGUGGGACCCAGGGCUCUGGCGGUGGGAAGGUGGGACCCAGGGCUCUGGCGGUGGGAAGGUGGGACUCAGGGCUCUGGCGGUGGGAAGGUGGGACCCAGGGCUCUGGCGGUGGGAAGGUGGGACCCAGGGCUCUGGCGGUGGGAAGGUGGGACCCAGGGCUCUGGCAGUGGGAAGGUGGGACCCAGGGCUCUGGCAGUGGGAAGGUGGGACCCAGGGCUCUGGCAGUGGGAAGGUGGGACCCAGGGCUCUGGCAGUGGGAAGGUGAGACCCAGGGCUCUGGCAGUGGGAAGGUGAGACUCAGGGCUCUGGCAGUGGGAAGGUGAGACCCAGGGCUCUGGCAGUGGGAAGGUAAGAAAGACUUGGCUGUAAGAGGUACAUCUACUUUAGCAUUCUUUGGAAAAGGGAUCUAAGAGAACGGGGCAGGGGGAGCUGCAAUUGAAUAAAUAAUUAAAUUGAGGUAUUGGGUAGGAUUUAUCUGAAAUGUUAGCUCAGCAUUCCGCUUUGUUGGGAGAUCCAUCCAAUAGUUUUUGUUGUCUUUGCACAGGAAAGGACAAGAUUAUAUUUGUAACCAAAGAAGAUCACGAGACUCCUAGCAGUGCAGAGUUGAUCGCAGAUGAUCCUAAUGACCCAUAUGAAGACCAAGGUCAGUAAAAUAUUCUGAAUUCUGUGUGGUCAGCAGAAUGGUCUAAUAAACAGCAAUGUUAGAAUGGAAAUAUGUACAGCUGAGCUGCAUGUUAAUACAUUUUUGUUUAGUUUUUUGCUUGUUUUUUGCUUAUUUUUUAACUCGAGACACUCAGUAUUUUGAAAAGUUGCAGUUUCUUAAAGAACCCGUUGAAAAAAACUCAGGGAAUGGUCCUUAAAGGGACACUAUAGUCACCAGAACAACUACAGCUUAAUGUGGUUGUUCUGAUGAGUAUAGCUCCCUUCAAGCAUUUUCAUUGCAUUUCAUUUUCAUUGCAUUUUCAUGCAAACACUGCCUUUUCAGAGAAAAGGCAGUAUUUACAUUGCCCCUAAGGACACUUCCAAGUGGCCACUCCUCAGAUGGCCACUGGAGGUGCUUUCUGGAGCAAUGCCAUUCAGCGUCCCCACGCUCUGCAUGGAGACGUGGAAUUUUCCUCAUAGAGAUGCCUUGAUUCACUGCAUCUCUAUGCAGAGGUCCUGAUUGGCCAAAACAGCAUUUGGCCACACCCCUGUGCCAAUUUUAGGGGGGGGGGGCAAGCUACCUAAAUGGUGGGUUAAACACUAUAGGGUCAGGAAUACAUGUUUGUGUUCCUGACCUUAUAGUGUUCCUUUAAGUCUGAACAAGCUAGAGUCCUGGAUCCCUUAUGGCUUAUGUCAUUCAUAAGUAAUAGUCUAUUUGUUAGAUAGUGCCAGGCCUUCUGGAUUGAUAAGAUGUUCUUUCAGAGUUGUUUAGUAAACUUUGAAUUGUGCAGAUUUGACCAGUACAUUAAUAAUACCUCAGCCAAAAUUGUUGAGCUGGAAAUUGGGGACUUACCUAUUGAUCUGACCGUAGUAAUUCACUUUUUAAUUCCCGGUUUGAGUAUCAAUUUUGUUUUGGGUUCUAAAACACUCUCCCUCAUUCUCCUCUUUUUAACACAGUCAAUAUAUUUUAUACCUAGGAUUUUCCUUUAUGGAAUACAUUUACAACUUUAUUUUGAUUGUAAUUCUGGAUUCAUUUUGGAUUUCAUACCUAGAUUGAAUUGUUUCUAAUAUACUACACUAGUUUAGUGCUACAUAUCGGUAUGUGUAAUGUUUAAAAUCUAUAUCUGCUGUUUGAAGUGAUAUUAAACAAAUAAAAUAAAAGCUAAUUUAAAAUUUCUCAUGAUGCUACAACCCUGUAACCAGAACUACAAAUACACCAUUCUGUUAGAAAAUGACGGUCCUUCUUUUUGUCUGCAUUUGAUUUUACCCAUUGUAAACUGAUGCUGCAGUAAUAUAAUAGUAAUGUAAUAUUCUUUUUAUCUUCGUUUAUCAAGUACUUAUAUUUUCCCCUAAAUGUUGGUUGUAUAUUUCCUUCCCAGUUACUCUGCUUUUGAUGUGAUGUGUGUUACAAUAGUGAUGAAAUUACUUGAAAGUCGUGUACACUCAUGCAGUUCAUUUUGUUCUCUCUAGAGGGCAGCAUUAAGGCAAUUAAAAAAACCAAAACAAAAAUCACAUUUGGUUCAGGGUGGGGGACAUGAAUGGGCAUUAUUUUAGGUUCCCCUGUUAAGUAAUGUUCUCCCUUAGAAAUGCCUUGUUGGCCAUUUUUGGUUCCAAUAAUUAGAUUUGGAUGGCAAGCAAUAUUUUUAAAUUCCUUUUUAAAGAGUUAAAUUGGGAAUGGCUACGGAUCCAAAACCAGAUUACCACAGUAUGCAGAGUCAGCGGAUGUCUCUAAGCAUGCCCUGGUAUGGGAAGCACGUACCCUCAGAUUAUCUGUACAUGUUCAUCUAAGAGGGAGGAGUUACAAGCACGGCAAAUUGUUGUUAUAGGAAUUUAACUUUGCCCCCUUGUUGGUUUUCUUUCCUCAUUUUAAAUUCAUUAAUUUUAAUAAAAGUAAUUAUAAAUACUUAGUUUUUAAUACUUAUCUUUGUGUUGAGACUGAAGAGAUACCUUUUCCCAUUUGCUUGAUUACAUCACUUAAUCCUCUACACAGUUUACAUUUUAUAACCUCCGUUCUGACUGAGGUAAAUGUAAAGAAAUUUGCAACACCCAAUAAGACCAUAUUCUCUGCUACUUGUGUAAACACAUUGUUUUCAAUCCACCCUAUACUGACACAGUUCAGACAGCAGGCCUGUGUGCUUCAGAGACAUGUGAAUCUUUCCCAGGAGUUUGUUUCCAUGGGUGACAGCCAGACUUGGAAUGGUUAAUUCCGGCCCUUAUUGACUUGUCUGUCACUACUGACUGCUUCUGAAAGGAUUGGUGUCACAGUCGGACUGCAGCUGGCUGCGAGACAUGAAUACCUAGAUUCACCCCGCCUGUCACUUGUAUUAAGGGGGGGGGAAAGGGUGGGAGACAUUGUCUAAAGCUGCCAGUGACCUCAAAAAGAUUGAAAACAUCCCUUGGCAUUACAGAAAGCUUUGUGUGUAGGGAGCUAAGCAUUAUGUCAUCAAUAACCCUUACCGCAGGUCAGUGAGAAUUACUACAGGGCAUUGGAGGGCAUGUUUUGUACUACAUCAGCUCCCUUUCCAUGGGCAGAGGAUAAAUAAUAGAGACAUUAGUGCCACAUCAUUAAUCAUUGGCUCGUUGGAGAAAGGGUUUGUCUUCUCAGAAGACAUCUCUUCCACAUUGUGUCGCUAUUCUCCUCUAUAGUAGGGUCACCAAGGCAUUUUCAGAUUGAUAUUCACUGCAGAAAAUAUUAGUAAUUUAUGUGACUUUGUAAUCUCAGCAGAGGUUAUGAACAGAAUUGUUAAAAUGCUCUGGAAAUGCCCAGUUUAAUUUUCAGUGCGUUAUUUUACGUCUUGCAAGCUAAGCGCAGCUGAUGUAGUUCUGGAAUUGUUUGAUGUCUCCCUGAAAGAAAAUGUAGAAUGCUGGAAUUAUAAAGCAGGCACAGAGUUAAACCUACGUUUGCCGGAAACACAUACAUUGAACUGAAGCCUGACAUGUUUUGUAUAGUUUUUCGUCCCAUUCUUUUCAUCUAUCCAUUUUCUCAUGAUUGGCUAGAUAGUGUUCGCACUUGUCACACAAUAGCUGAUGAGCCAUUGCUGGCACUCUGCACCAAUGUCACUUUCCAAUGUGCAGUAACAAGCUUAUUAUAAACUAUGGUAUUUAUUUAUUCUGGCAUUCUUAGCAUAUGGAUUCAGUGUUCUCUCGGAGUAGUGUAAACUUUUUCUGAACAUGACUGCUGUCUAGGCCAUAAUAAGUAAGCAGUAAAUUGGCUUCACAAGUAUUGUUUAGAAUUUUGAAGCCAGCUUUAUUGGCAGGGAGUUACAUGCAAAGCAAUCCAUAACAUCCAAUCCACUAUAACCAUCUAUUUAUAUUGAACAAAUUCUAUAUGUAACUGACAUUUUUGUAUUGUUAACUGUUUCACUGCUAGGUCUGCAUAGGCAAGUCAGUGCUUAGACUAUUUCAUAUUUGGCUUAAUAGCUGCAGUAACCUAACUUUGUUUGUUUUGUGUUUUUAUUAUUUGUUUCAUUUUACCCAGGGCUGAUCUUGCCAAAUGGAGAUAUCAAUUGGAACUGCCCCUGCCUGGGUGGCAUGGCUAGUGGACCAUGUGGAGAGCAGUUCAAAUCUGCCUUCUCUUGCUUCCACUACAGCCAAGAGGAAAUAAAAGGCUCAGACUGCCUGGAACAAUUUCGGGCAAUGCAAGAGUGCAUGCAGAAAUACCCAGAGCUCUACCCCCAGGAGGACGAUGAGGAUGAUGCAAUGAAACAAAGUAACACGGAGGAAUCUGCUCCUGCGGCUGCUACUGAUGUCCAAGAGGAGGGAUCUAGCUAAUAGGAAAAAAACGAGGCUGUUGCCUCAUGGAUUAUCCUUGCCCGUUCAAUGGACCAUGAUAAGCUAAGAAGUGUAUUUCCACUGACCUAUGACGUGUACACCAUAAUCAGUUAACUUUGGAUGAGAGCUACAGCAGCUGCACACAUUUGGAGUCUAGGCAAAGCUGAGGAUAUGAUUUAUCAACAUCCAUGUUUAAUUAUAUUUGCCUUGGUUCUGAUUUUAGACAUGUGCCUGUCCUUUCUAAAUUCUCUUCAUAUCCUUUGUUUUUCCUGUUAAUAGGUCACAAAGGCCUCUGUCAACAGAUUUUUAUAUUUGCAGCAGAAAUAUUUGGGGCAAGGUGUGUUAAAGCUUUAUUUAAUUAUAGUUUAUUUUAAUGCCUAUUUUUUUUUCUACAUUUUUCAGUUAAUAUAAUAAGGGAACAACUUUAAUUGUUUGCAGCGAGUACAUGAGAAGAUGGGUUGCUGUUAUUUUUCCCACUCUCCCCAUCCUUUACUGGGUUCCUAGAUGGUUUAGCAAUGCUACAGCACUGAUGUCACUGUCAAAAUCUCUUAUUUUAAGAAAAUAAUAAUGUUCCUCAAUCAGUCGCUCAAUAGGAGACAAAUUGAGCAAUCGCCUCCUGCCUGUGCCUGAAAUCCUUUUCUUACUGUACUGCCACAAUCCUAGAAUCCUGCACUGAAUAUGUGAGACUGUAUUCCUCAUGGAGAUCUGUAUAAAGAAAAUGUGAGCGAUUAAACCACAUUAAAUACCUUUUUACCUUGCAAUGAUUAUUCAGUUCUUUACUUUCCAACAUUGGUAAAGGCAUGUAAAAAAAAAAA